CAUUUUUUCUGUUUCAUUAGGAAAAAAAACGUGGUCUUCCAUGAAACUCCAAGCUUGGGAAAAAGCUUCCUUUGAAGCUUGCUUCAGGCCGAUCAGGAAGCAGAGGCAGAGACCCUAACAUCCUCGGAUCGUUCUUCUGUUCUUUGUACCAAAAUGGAACCCGCAGAUUCCGUAUUCACCUACCUCGCGUGAAUCAAAGGAAGAGGCUAAACGAGCAGAAACCUCAAGGAAGCAGAAGACGUCUAACCGGAACAAGAGGUAAAGCUUGAAUUGGGAAGAAACCGGAGAUCAAGUGCUCUGACCGAGUAAAAGCAAGGUGUCAUUGACAGGUUUUGGGAGCCCAGAUUCAGAGAAGCAGUAGCACAGAAGCAGAGAGCUAAGAGACGUUGAAAAAGAAGCUAAUAGAUUAGGGUUUUGAUUAAGAGGAAUUUUCUGGGUUGGAAAGAGGGAGGAGUCUUUCAGAGGAAACCAAAAAGGGUCUAGAAUCUUCAGGAUUAUUGAAGAAGAAGGUUUAUGGGAAAGGGAACACUGAUGCCAGAGACAGGCAGUGGAAAUGAUUAUCUUGAUGGUGACAGGAUCUCAGAUGAUGAAGCUUAUGAUGCUUUUGUUAAGCCUGAAGCAAAUGCACAUGAACCACCAGGGAUUAAUGACUCAGGAAGAGGUUUGAGUACAGGAGAUUAUGAAAUUUUAGAACCAAGAACUGGGAUGACCUUUUUGUCAUUGGAUGAUGCAAGGGAUUUCUAUUAUGAAUAUGCCAAGCGCACAGGCUUUACUCUAAGGACAAAUAGAAUACGGCACUCAUUAAAGAACAUGGCUAUAAUUGGUCGUGAUUUUGUUUGUUCUAGAGAAGGUUUUCGUGCUGCAAAGCAUAUGCUUAGAAAAGACAGGGUUCUUCCCCCUCGUCCAGUUACAAGAGAAGGGUGCAAAGCUAUGAUUAGGUUAGCAGCGCGAGAUGGAGGUACUUGGAUUGUCACCAAAUUCGUACGAGAGCACAACCAUAAGCUAAUGAAUAAUUGUAAAUUUCCUGGAGAACUGCCUAUAGUAAAUAUACUCAGUGAGGAAGAGAAGGAUAAGAAAAUACAGGAAUUAUAUGAUGAACUACAGUGUGAAAGAGAAAGAUGUGCAGCAUUCCGGCAACAGUUGCACACAAUCCUCAAAGAUCUUGAAGAACAUGCUGACUUCAUGUCUAUAAGAGUUGAAGACAUAGUCAACAGCUUGAAAGAAAUUGAACUUGAUGGUCUAUAGGGUUCGAAGAUGAUUUGCAUUACCAGAUGGUAAUUGAGGCCAAGUUACCAAUGUUGCUAGUAGAGCAUCAAGUUCAUUACUCCAGAUGUCUACUGAAGUUGAAAAUUUUCAUCAGCAUUUGGGAGAUAAUAGUGACAGGUUCACCUGGGGGAUCUGUUUAUCAGUUGUCCAUCCAAUUGAAUAACUGGAUGAUGGAGCAAUCAAAGAUAAAGAUGAUUUAUCUCUUCUUUUGCAAGUGUGUGCAUGGUAGUGGGCUUGCAAUGUUUCUGUCUGCACAUUUCGAGCGAACAUGAACGUGUUUUUCUUGGUUCAUUUGCAUUUGGUUUUCUCUCGUCCAUUCGAAUGCAGCAUGCUAAGCUGCAGCAGGAUUGCAAUUGGUUAAUCCGUUAAAAGUUGUCUUUCGCAGCAUUAAGUAUUAUAGCCGGGAUUCAUGUCUUGCCUUCAUAUUACACUCUUAUGUAAAGAUUACAUAAACUUUAUUUGAUAACGUGAUAAUUUCUUUGGAAACAGUAAUUUUUAGCA